AUGACCAUGUUGAAGCACACAGACACACACCACCCUGAAGUUGAACGAGUUGGAGUGGAGGACAAAUCGGCUCUCGCAUUCUCUUCUACUCUCCUCGAUACCGGCUCAGAGUCCCAGCGAUUUUUAAGAAAAAACCUACACCCUCUCGGACAUGUGGUACAGCCUGUUGAAACAAGUCCGAGCCUCGUCUACAGAAGCUGUCCUUUUGGACUAGCGGGUGGUUUGAAGCCAUGGCUCAGCAGUGGCUUCACUGAGGAUGGGUUGAGGGCUGAUCCGCCCUGCCAACCAUUGAUUUUUCAAGACUCACCUCAGACAUCAGAGAAAAGUGUAAUUAUUCAUCGUGCUAGGCUUCUGUUAGACGGGGCUCUCGACACCUUGAAGGCAGAAGAACCUGUUUUCCGUCCGCUUGUCUUACUCUGUGCGUCUCCAUGUGGGUACCAGUCGGCCCGCCUGUGUGUUUGUCUACAUGUGUGGAUAUGUGUGAUGCGUAUGCGCAACGAAGGGAACUAUUUUACAGUGACAUGCUUGGAUGUGCGAGUCGGAGAGCUCAACUGCGUCAGGGCUGCUGUUGUCUUCUCGUCCACAUCGGUGUGGCUUUUCUUUCUUUUUCUGUCUCACUCUAUCUCUCCACUCUUCGCACAGCCACCAAAAUUCUCCUCAGAUGAGCCCUCAGACCUCCACUUUGUUCAUCCGACCCAUCACCCUCGCACACUUGCGAGUUUGUUCUCCGCUUCAGCCACCCAGUAUGCCAACAAGUCGGCAAGACUCAACUUUUUCUGCGCAUUUUAUGUUAACCUGCUGUUGAACUCGUAUACAUCACCCAUGGCCGCCCAGCAACGAGCCAUGCUUGCCGACCUGUUGUUGAACAGCUCGGCCAAACUGAAAUCACCAGGUACCUUCGAUGUGCCCAGUUCGCCCGGCGGUCUUGGCCUCGGCCUAGUGACUGCGGCGACCAGCGCCGGUUGCUGCGUGAGUGGUGCCGGUAGCCGAGGUGGCAGCAGCAGUGGCAACAGUAGCAGCAGUAGCAGCAGCAGCAGCAGUAGUAGCAGCAGUAGCUGUAAACUGGAGCUGGCCGGGCCAAACGGCAGUCUGAGAUCGCGCACCAACAGCCCCCUCUCCGGUCUGCCAGCCCCGGGACCGGCAUCCACGGCCAGCCUCCUUUCGGCCGGGUUCGGACUGUCUCUGCUUCCGCCGGCCGGUGGCCAGAACGGCGCCGGCGUGCCCAACGCCCACGGGUUGCCCAGCGCCGCCGGAUUGGGCUUCGGACCGACCGGUUCUCUGGCCGACGCAUUCGCCUUUCCCAGCCUGUCUGCAGCCGCGGCGAUGGCGGCUGCGGCCGCGGCCGCCGCGGCAGCCGGUACCGGCAACCGCGUGGGACUCCACGACGCGGAAUCGCGCGGCGGCUCGCCCGGAGACGGCUCGUCUGAGAGACCGGUCGGCGACGACCGCCUCGGAGGCAGAGGCGGCGCCAAAUGGCACGGCGGCCUCAACAUGCACAAUAACAACAACAACAACAACAACAAAAACAACACCAUCACCAACACCAGUGGCUCGGGCUUACCGAACUCGGAGUUGGCGGGGCCGGCAAGUUCAGGCCCGCCGCAGACCAACGGCUUCGGCUGCCAGCUCAGCCCGACUUCAUUGGCCUGCUCCGGCGGCCCGCCGCCCCCCGCCUCGCCGUUCAACGCAGCCUGGUUGGCCAGCCUGGCCGCCUCUGGCGGCCUCUCGAACCCCCCCGCCGGUCUGCUCUGUCCCGCCGCCAUGCUGAGCGUUUUGAGCGGCGGACUCGGACACAGACCCACCAGCGAGUCGCCCGGCCUCCAUCUCUCGGCUCUUCACUCCGCCGGCCUCACCUCGCUCGCCAAUCCCACGCCCUCCACGUCCCCCAGCCUCCCUUGCUCAUCUUCUUCUUCGUCCUCCUCCUCCUCCUCCUCCACAAUCUGUGCUUCUUCCUCUUCUUCAUCUUCUUCUUCUUCUUCUUCUUCUUCCUCCUCCUCCUCUUUGUCCUCGUCCUUGUCUUCUUCUUCUUCUUCUUCUGCUUCGGUUUCUUCAAUCGCAUGUACCACUUCUUCUCCUUCUACCGCCUCGCUGCUGCCCUUCUCGGCGCACGUCUCGCCCACCGGCAGCGUCGCCUCUUCCACAUCUUCGGCCUCGGACGUGCCCGCCUGCUUUGCUUCCUCCAACGUAUCCGGUCGAGAUGGUCUGGCCAGGCAGACGAGCCUCCUCGCCGGACAAACCAUCGCCUCCACCGUCUACAAUUCACCAGCCUCCAGCCUGUCUGGCCAACAACAGCAGCACGGCUCGUUGUCCACGCCACUCGGCCAUCAUCACACUCCUCCUCCUCCUCCCCCUCCUCAUCACCAUAACAACAAUAAUCCUCAUCAUCAUCAGCAUCAGCAGCAGCAGACCUUGCUACAAGCCUUGUCAGCAGUCACUUCGGCCGGACUGCCUGGCACCUGCGGACCCGCCGGAUCGGCGGGAGGAGGG